GGCAGUAAUGCGCCGGUGAGCUGUUUGUUAAACUCCGAAAACUAAAAGAAGACGAAGUGAGCGAAACUCAAACAAACCGGUUGGUGUUUACCAAGCUUUGACAAAGUUAAAGGCGUUUUUAUUUGUUAUUAAAACAGUAACGCGAAUAUUUUUUCUAAAUACUGUUGAUGACCCCGCUUUAACAUCAAUGUAUUACUACUCCAACUGGAUACAGAGAAGAUUUCUGAAGCGGUGAGUUAGCAUCAGGCUAACGAGGCUAACGUUACCGAUGAGUACAAGCCGGCUUAUGACUUCGACAAGCGGCAGGUGCAAAGCUCCUGUCAGCCGGAGCAAAGAGCCCCCAGCCCCCAGAGGUGCCAACAAGGUGCUGGCCGAGAGGAACCAUGCGGUGGUGGCGGUAGGAGCCUGGGUGGAGGGCGGGCAAGACUUCACGGAGCACCCGUCUGCUCUGGCUUUGCUAACUGAGGAGAUCCAGGCAGAAAAGAGAAAGCAGACUGAAGAGAGCCUUCGACGAUUUCAAGAUGAAGUACGCCAUCGUGUGGCACAGCAAGCUCAAGUCAGCAAGAAGAGACCGCAGCCUCGGACAGACCCAGUGAUGAAACCGGAUGACAGAAGAAUCCCACAGCAGCAGCGUCAGGUCUGGACUCAGCAUGUGUCCCAUGAGAGGCUGAUGUCUGCGGGAGGAGCUGCACAGCAGAGGGGGACAGAGAGGAGCUCUCAGGAGUCUAGAGGAGGCAUGAGGCAGGUGAGACUCAGACUGGCUUCCUGUCGGAUGAUCCCGCAUGGGGAAAUGACGUCAGACCUUCCUGGAGGCGAAUGGAACAUCUCUCCAACCAGACAUAAAGCUGGAUCUCACAUGCUGAGAGAGGUGGAGGGGGGGGGAGGAGGAGGAGGAUAUUCAGGGAGAAGAAGAAGAAGAAGAGAGGAAGAAGAAGAAGAAGAAGAAGAAGAAGAGGGGGGUGAUCUUCUCUUCAGUCAACAUGAAUGCCCCCUCGUUCAGCAGAAGGUGAGCGGACCUGUGACGUGGGAUUCUGACAAGCCGGAUCCUGUUUUCCAGUCCAACCUCAGAGCCCCCCAGGCCCUGUGGCCUCUGACUGACCAAGAAGAACUGAAAAGACAGCGUCAGUCUCAGUUCCUGAUGCACCGCCGUCUGUACAUGAACAUCGAGAGAGAGCAAGUGAAGGAGAACAAACAGAACAGGAAACACCUGAAGAGCACAGCGAGGAUCAAAGCUGAGAAAGAACGGAUUCGUGUGGAGGAAGAGAGAAAGUUGGAGAACGUCCGGCAGCUCGCUGAGGCCAGACAGAAGCUGGAGGAGAGAGAGCUGCUGAUUCUGGAGCGACUGAAGCUUGAGGAGGAGGAGGAGAGAGCGGUGCAGCUGCAGAGGAGGAAAAGGGAGGAGAAAGGGAAAGUAUCUGCAAGGUUCAUCGAGGCUCUGAGAGCUCAGAUGAAGGAGCGAGUGUCUCAGGAGAAGAUGGAGCCUCCUCCUCUCUGCUGCUGUGCGUCCUCUUUCUGGGACUCCCACCCCGACACGUGUGCGAACAACUGCGUCUUCCACAACAAUCCCAAAGCGUAUGCCAAGGCAUUACAUUCAACGAUGUUGAGUUUGGAGUUACAGUGAAGAUGAACUGAAAGAGCUCUUUGCUGACUGUUUUAAGGAACAGUCCAACAUUUUGGGAAAUACAGAAGUGAAGUUGUCAAACCGAGAUUCAGAUUAUUAUCAGUUGUAUCUGUCCGUCCAGUGCAGAGUUAGACUCCGGGUCUGUUAAGCCUCAGACUGAAAUAUCUCAACAAAUAUCCGAUGGAUUGCAACAAGACAUUCAUGUUUUCCAUAAGAUGAUUCCAACUGACUUUGGUGUUCCCCAUUUAUGAGUAUAAACAUUUUUAAACAUUUAAAAGAUGGAUUGCCGCAAAAUUGUGUGCAGACAUUGAUGGCUCCGAGAUGAUGUAUCCAAAAGACUUUACCUUUUAGCUUUGACUAAAUACCUGCUUUACUACUGACAACAGAUACUGUAAGAAUCACUCAUUCAUUUAUUUGAUAAAUGCAGACGUUCCUGCUUUAACAACAAUAAAUGUUUAAUUUUUUAUGCAGAUUCAAACUCAUCUUCUGGUUGGAGAGUGAUUCAUUAAAAUAUUUUUUGUAUUUUGUUUGCUGUUUUUGAUAAAACCAUGUAAUUUCUCAGUU